GAGAUUUGUCAAGGUUGAGAAUACAUUCUGGGCAGUCAACUGGAAGUUCAAGUUCCUAUAACACAGCUGCCAGCAGUUUGGAGGAAAAUGCCGAACCCAAGGUGAAGGCCACAAAUCAGACAGGUGCAUCAGGCAAAGCAACAAAACCUCCCCAGCUUAACUUUGUAGAUGCAAUAGAACAAAUUAACAUGAAGAGAGAGCAGGAACAGAUGACUGUAGAUGGUCAUGAAAUCAUGUCUAUUAUCAAGGAGGGAGAGAGACAAGGCUUUGAAGUCCCAGAAAUUCAGAUUGCUUUGACGCACAGCAUUCAGGACAAGCAACGCCCUCUGAUCUGGUUACAAACAAAAUGGUCAGAUUUGAUUGAUACAGUGGCUACCAUGGCAACACAAGAAGGGGCGUCUGCUGAUCAGAAUGAUGUCGGAGAUAUAUCAACCCAGGAAGCGAAACAUGCUCUUAUACACUGUGAAGGAGAUAUAGAAAAAGCUGCGAAGAUGUGUGUUCAAGAACGAAAAGCUAAGUUUGCUGAGAUUAACAGUUCUAAUCAAUAUGCACGUGAAGAUAUUCUGACGGCCCUGUAUCAAAACCAUGGUGUCACUGAGGAAGCUUUUGACCAGCUUAACCAUUCUGUCCUACAGUCAUACGCUGAUAGGCUCUGGGAAACCAACGAAAACGCAGGUGGUGAUGUGGCUAUAGCGGCAGCUGCCAGGUCUGCCUCUGCAGAACUGAUCAAUAGUGUUUCUAACAGCGUGAUUACCCAUGCCAACUUUACAAGACUUGUUAGUGAUAUUACCAUUGAUAAAGAGAGAAGGGUAAGAAUGGUCUUUGUUGAGGGGAAGUUACGAAGUUGGGGUCGAGCUGAGAUGGUUGUGACAAUACUUGACAAGGAAGUGACUGAGAGUGAGAAUCCCCUCGAAUGUACCCUCGAGGACAUUAUCGAAGCUGUCCGUAACUGUGGUGACAGAAAAAGCUCACUGGUUUAUCUAAAGCAGACUUGUGGAAUCUGCUAUUCAAAUUUCCCAAUGACGAAGAUUCGUGAUUUAGAUGUAUGUAACUGUAAACUCUGUCAGUCAUGUGUCAAAGGAUAUUUUGAAGUGGCAAUAAGAGAAAAGUAUGUCAGAAAUUGGUGUUGUCCAUUGUGUGACGCCCCUGGGCUUGAGGAUGAGGCUAGAGCAUCAAGUUAUUUUGAAUUCUUGUCAUUAAUUUUACAAAGCAUGGUAUCAAGGGAAGUGCUUGAUUUAUAUGAGAUUAAACUACGAGACUGGCACCUCCAGAAAGAUCCAAACUUCCGAUGGUGUGCCCAUUGUGCAAGUGGUUUCAUUUGGGAUCGUCCGGAUGUGUUAGGCAUGACAUGUCCUUCAUGUAAAAAGAAAACAUGCUUCAUGUGCAAGAUUAAGUGGGAGGAGCAGCAUGAUGGGUUGUCCUGUGAGGAAUAUGAGCAGUGGAAGAUUGAUAAUGACCCAGAGAAACAGGCAAAGGGUGUUAAACUUUAUCUUGAGGAGAAUGGCAUAGACUGUCCUAGCUGCAAGAUGAGGUAUAGUUUAGCUAAAGGUGGUUGUAUGCAUUUCAAGUGUCCACAGUGUGGCUAUGAGUUCUGUAGUGGAUGUUCACAAGCUUUUCUUCAUCAAGGGGCUUGUAAGCUGUUAAAGUCAUGUAAAGGGAAAGGUCUACAUUGCCAUCAUCCGAGAGACUGUUUCUAUUUCCUCAGAGACGAGGAUAUACCUGAUCUUCAAAAGCUGCUCAAGGAUAAUAAAUGCCGGUUCAAUACUGAAGUUCCACCCACGCAAGAGGACCCAGAACAUUGUCCAGUCAUGGAACAAAAAGAGUACGGUCCUCAGAAAAAAGAUGAACCAUGUGGCAAGGAUGCAAAGAGAGGAUUAGCUGGCCUUUGCGAGGACCACUACAAGGAAUAUUUGGUGAGUUUAAUCAACAAGCACAAGAUUGACCCACUGGCCAUGAUGACUCUUCAACAAAUGAAGAUUCUAAUAGAGAGAAAUGAGAAAGAACUCCCAAAACGAAACCAGAAUGAGGCUGAUAAUGCCUACAGGAGAAAGGUCGUUCAGUUUAUCAAAGAAAGAUGGCAACUACAUAGAUAAAGAAAAAAGGCAAAUAAAUGUAAUUUCUUGUUAAGAUGUGCAUGUAUUAAACUUUCCUACAACAAAAUUUUGAAUUGUGGAAACAAAGAAAACUACAAGUGUAUGAAUGGACAUAUUGUAUUAACUAGACAUGCUCAAGGAAAAAUAGAGAUGAUAUUUAUUGUAUGAUAAUGCUAUCCUUUAUGUCAUAGAUAAAUGAUGUAAGGUCUAUUAGGAGUGAGAUAAUAUACCUGGGAAAAGUGAGAAGUGAGAUAUCAAAUAGAAGUGU